AUGCUAUUACAGGCGUGCAAAGAGCGGCGGCGGCAGUUGAAGAUCGGACAUCUGUGGAUGUCUCUGCGAAUGAUGUUGAAGCAUGGCCCACCUGCGUGCCUCAUAGCGGGCCCUGAUGCCGAGUUGAUGAUGUGGAUUUGGCAGUUUGGGUUCCUGCCUGGCUACGUGAAACCUGAGUAUGAGUCCGAUGCGCCUGGCUUGCAACACUUAUUUUUGGUGCCUCCUCAAGGUGCUUAUCCUGGAGCCCUUGACUUUACUUUUCUGGAAGCCUCGCGGAAUGGUUAUUUGUUUCAACCGGGUGUGCAUCAACCAGUUCGAGCGCCGCCAGAAGGCAGAAGGAAUACUGAACCUCCAGUCGCUUCUGUUUGUUUGCCGCGAGUCCUAUGUGGAAGCCACGCUGGCUUCAGCAAAAAUGUUGCAGGUUAG